AUGAGGAUUAAAGGCUGUUUUCUUUUUUUCCAGGCUGCUACACAGUGUAGCUCGGACGCUGUGAGUUUCAAGAAUUUGGUGAAAGGGAGAGAGUGGACAAUGAAAAUGGACAUGGAGGAUGCUGACAUGACUCUGUGGACAGAGGCUGAUUUUGAAGAGAAGUGCACAUAUAUUGUAAAUGAUCACCCGCUGGAUCCCAGUGCCGAUGGAGGCACCCUAACUCAGGCAGAGGCUUCCUUGCCAAGGAACUUGACUUUCAAAUACGCAUCUAACUGCAAAGAGGUCACUGGAGUUAUAAGCAAAGAGUACAUCCCAAAAGGAACACGCUUUGGACCCCUGGUAGGAGAGAUCUAUACCAGUGAUACUGUUCCCAAGAAUGCAAACAGAAAAUACUUUUGGCGGAUCUAUUCAAGUGGUGAACUUCAUCACUUCAUUGAUGGAUUUAAUGAGGACAAGAGCAACUGGAUGCGUUAUGUAAACCCUGGCUACUCUGUUCAGGAGCAGAACUUGGCUGCUUGUCAGAAUGGAAUGAACAUCUACUUCUAUACCAUCAAGCCCAUCCCUGCCAACCAAGAGCUGCUUGUGUGGUAUUGCCGAGACUUUGCAGAGAGGCUGCACUAUCCCCCCUCCAGAGAGCUGACAAUGAUGAACCUCACACAAACCCACAUUAAUCCAAAGCAGCACAGCACUGAUAAAGAUGAGCUUUAUCAGAAAAGCAUCCCAAAGAAGGAGCACAGUGUGAAAGAAAUCCUGAAAAUGGAAUCAAAUCCUCCUAAAGGAAAAGACUUCUUUCAGACCAACAUUUCACCAGUUACUCCAGAAAAAGACUUGGAUGAUUUACGUAAGAACUAUAGCCCGGAGAGGUGUUUCUUCCCUCGAGUUGUCUACCCGAUCCGACCUCACAUUCCAGAAGACUAUUUGAAAGCUUCCUUAGCAUACAGCAUGGACAGACCCAGCUACAUUACUCACUCGCCCAUCCAGGCAUCUACUACACCAAGUCCUUCUGGGAGGAGUAGUCCAGACCAAAGUUUAAAAAGUUCAAGUCCUCACAGUAGUCCAGGGGUCACAGUUUCACCUCUGGCACCUACUUCCCAAGAGCACAGAGAGCCAUACUCUUACUUGAACGGAUCAUAUGGCUCAGAAGGAUUGGGGUCUUAUCCUGGAUAUGCACCCCCUGGCCACCUUUCACCUGCCUUUCUACCGUCCUAUAACCCCCAUUACCCCAAAUUCCUGUUACCUCCAUUCAAUAUGAGCUGUAAUAACCUGAGCGCUUUGAACAAUAUCAAUGGCAUCAACAAUUUCAAUCUCUUCCCAAGGAUGUACCCUCUUUAUGGCAACCUGCUCAGCGGAGGUAGCCUUUCCCACCACAUGCUCAACCCCACCACGCUCCCCAGCUCAUUGCCCAGUGAAGGAGGCCGUCGACUGCUGCAGCCUGAUCAUCCGAGAGACUUCCUCAUACCAGCACCCAACAGUGCCUUCUCUAUAACGGGCGCUGCUGCCAGCAUGAAGGACAAGCCAUGCAGCCCUACCAGUGGGUCUCCCACCGCUGGUACAGCAGCCAGUUCAGAACACAUAAUGCAACCUAAACCUACCUCAGUGGUGUUGGCUGCCACCGGCGGUGAAGAAGCCAUGAAUCUCAUUAAAAGUAAGAGGAAUGUGACCGGUUACAAAACACUCCCAUACCCACUGAAAAAGCAGAAUGGGAAGAUCAAGUACGAAUGCAAUGUUUGCUCCAAGACCUUUGGCCAGCUGUCCAAUCUGAAGGUGCACCUCCGAGUACACAGCGGAGAGAGACCAUUUAAAUGCCAGACUUGCAAUAAGGGCUUCACGCAGCUGGCUCACCUCCAGAAGCACUAUCUGGUACACACGGGAGAAAAACCCCAUGAGUGUCAGGUUUGUCACAAGCGGUUCAGCAGCACCAGCAAUCUCAAAACCCACCUGCGGCUCCACUCUGGAGAGAAGCCUUACCAGUGCAAGCUCUGCCCAGCCAAAUUCACCCAGUUUGUGCACCUGAAGCUGCACAAGCGUCUCCACACCCGAGAACGCCCCCAUAAAUGCAUCCACUGCCACAAGAGCUACAUUCACCUCUGCAGCCUCCAGGUCCACCUGAAGGGCAACUGCCCCGUCGCCCCAGCUUCCGGCCUCUCCAUGGAGGACCUGAACAGAAUCAAUGAGGAGAUCGAGAAGUUCGACAUCAGUGACAAUGCUGACAAGCUGGAAGAAGUGGAGGACAAUAUCGACUUAACAUCGAUCGUGGAGAAGGAUAUACUGACCAUGCUCAGGAGGGAAAUGGAGGGAGCUAAUCUGAAAGUCUCUCUACAGAGGAACCUGGGAAAUGGGCUUAUCUCCUCAGGAUGCAACCUUUACGAGUCGUCAGAUAUGUCAGUUAUGAAGUUGCCUCACGGUCACCCACUACCUCUGUUACCUGUAAAGGUCAAGCAAGAAACAAUUGAACCAAUGGACCCUUAAGACUUUUUGGCAAAGUGAUUUUUUUUAUUUAUGACUUGGCAAGUCAGGGUGCCUGUAGCAGUUGCUUGUACAUAGUUUCAAUGCUGCAAAGCAAUCUUGGCUUACAGUAGUUUCCCUACGCUCUCCAGCUGAAAGAAGGAACUCCAAAGUUACUGUUUUCUCAGGGCAUAAAAAGGGGCAAAGGACUGUGCAUUGCCUCGCCAGUUACUAAGAGACAAUCAUCUAUCCAUAAUUAUUUUUUCAAUGAUAGUACUUCAUAAUUUAUUAUGCAAUUAAUCAUUCUAAAAGCAAUAAUUAGGAAAAUGUUUACAAUGACUGGAAAAAUUCAUUGUAAUUUUUACUUUAAAUGUUUUUAUUUUUUGUUUUAUGGCCAUUCUUUGUAGAUUUUUUUUCUGCACAUCUGUUUUAAGAACCUAAGAUUAGGGUUUCAGUAAAUGUGUUUUAUGUACCAAUGUCUUUUAAACAAAUGUGGUUUUUCGUAUUGCCAAAGUUGGACAUGUGACAUACAGAAUCCUAGAUCUGUUGGCUUGACAAAAAAUGCUGUGUACUUUCAUGAGCAAAUCACCCCACUGGGAAUUGAAAAAAAAAAAAAAAAAAAAA